AUGUUAAAUAGCCGUGAAGGAUUUUUAAGAAAACUCCAAGAUGAAGUUAACCCUGGACAGCUUUUGAACAGCCAAGGAAUAAUGAUGAAUAGAAUAGUCCGAGACCACAGACCUGAAAAUAAAAUUCUCCCAAGAUCUGGAGCAAGUGAACCCAGUAACUUCAAAAAAAGGACUGGGGUAGAGAUUCCCUCUAUUCCUUCAUUUAACGAAAGAAAAAAACUUAAAAGCAUACAAAAUACAGCUGAAAUAUCAGAAAAAAUUGUAGAUAGCAUCUAA